AGUUCCGCGCGAAGGCCGCUCACUUCCGCUCGGCAGGUGACAGCCGUGAGGCUUGGAGCGGCCGGCUGCUGCGACGCACCGGAGGAGAGGGAGGCGGAGGCUGCGGACAUUUUGCUGCUGAAGCGAGCCGAUCCUCGGCACCCGGAGCCGUUUGGAUUUGUGGAGUCCGGCCACAGAUAAAGGACCGAAAUGACUGACUCAAAAUACUUCACCACAACCAAGAAAGGGGAGAUCUUCGAGCUGAAGGCAGAGCUUAACAGUGACAAGAAGGAGAAGAAGAAGGAGGCAGUAAAGAAAGUGAUUGCGUCAAUGACUGUGGGCAAAGAUGUCAGUGCUCUCUUCCCUGAUGUGGUGAACUGCAUGCAGACAGACAACCUGGAGCUAAAGAAGCUGGUGUACCUGUACUUGAUGAACUAUGCCAAGAGUCAGCCUGACAUGGCCAUUAUGGCUGUCAACACCUUUGUGAAGGACUGUGAGGACCCCAAUCCCCUCAUCCGGGCCCUGGCUGUGAGGACUAUGGGCUGCAUCCGAGUUGACAAGAUCACAGAGUACUUGUGUGAACCACUCCGGAAGUGCUUGAAGGAUGAAGACCCAUAUGUGCGCAAGACAGCGGCUGUGUGUGUGGCCAAGCUCCAUGACAUCAAUGCCCAGCUGGUAGAAGACCAGGGUUUCCUAGACACGCUUAAAGACCUCAUCUCUGACUCUAACCCCAUGGUGGUGGCAAAUGCAGUGGCUGCCCUGUCAGAGAUCGCUGAAUCUCACCCCAGUAGCAACCUGCUUGACUUGAACCCACAGUCUAUCAACAAGCUGCUGACAGCCCUUAAUGAAUGCACUGAAUGGGGCCAGAUCUUCAUUCUGGACUGUCUGGCCAACUACAUGCCCAAGGAUGACCGUGAGGCCCAGAGCAUCUGUGAGCGGGUCACUCCUAGGCUUUCCCAUGCCAACUCUGCUGUGGUGCUGUCUGCAGUGAAGGUGCUGAUGAAGUUCAUGGAGAUGCUGUCCAAGGACCUGGACUACUAUGCCACACUGCUCAAGAAGCUGGCCCCUCCUCUGGUCACACUGCUGUCAGCAGAGCCAGAGCUGCAGUAUGUGGCUCUACGCAACAUCAAUCUCAUUGUACAGAAAAGGCCAGAGAUUUUGAAGCAUGAAAUGAAGGUUUUCUUUGUGAAGUACAAUGACCCCAUCUACGUGAAGCUGGAGAAACUGGACAUUAUGAUCCGCCUGGCCUCCCAGGCCAACAUUGCCCAGGUGUUGGCAGAACUCAAAGAGUAUGCUACAGAAGUAGAUGUGGAUUUUGUACGGAAGGCAGUACGUGCCAUUGGCCGCUGUGCCAUCAAGGUGGAGCAAUCUGCAGAACGCUGUGUGAGCACAUUGCUUGAUCUCAUCCAGACCAAGGUCAACUAUGUGGUUCAGGAAGCCAUUGUGGUCAUUAAGGACAUCUUCCGCAAGUACCCCAACAAGUAUGAGAGUGUGAUAGCCACACUGUGUGAGAAUCUGGACUCGCUGGAUGAGCCUGAGGCCCGAGCUGCUAUGAUCUGGAUAGUGGGCGAGUAUGCUGAGCGGAUUGACAAUGCAGAUGAGCUACUCGAGAGCUUCCUUGAAGGUUUCCAUGAUGAGAGCACCCAGGUCCAGCUACAGCUAUUGACAGCCAUUGUGAAGCUCUUCCUGAAGAAGCCAACAGAGACUCAGGAGCUGGUGCAGCAGGUCCUCAGUUUGGCCACUCAGGACUCAGACAAUCCAGACCUCCGGGACCGUGGCUACAUCUACUGGCGCCUGCUCUCCACGGACCCUGUAGCUGCUAAAGAGGUGGUACUGGCUGAGAAGCCCCUCAUCUCAGAGGAGACAGACCUUAUUGAGCCUACACUGCUGGAUGAACUCAUCUGCUACAUUGGCACGCUGGCCUCUGUCUACCACAAGCCUCCCAACGCCUUUGUGGAGGGUGGCCGGGGAGUGGUGCAUAAGAGCCUGCCACCUCGCACUGCCUCGAGCGAGAGUACUGAGAGCCCUGAGACAGCCCCUGCUGGAGCACCUGCUGGUGAUCAGCCUGACGUCAUUCCUGCCCAGGGUGACCUGUUAGGUGACCUCCUCAACCUGGACCUUGGGCCCCCUGUGAGUGGCCCACCUUUAGCUGCCUCCUCAGUGCAAAUGGGAGCUGUGGAUCUUCUUGGUGGUGGCCUCGACAGCCUGAUGGGGGAUGAGCCUGAAGGGAUUGGAGAUAGCAACUUUGGGGCCCCUUCAGCAUCUGUGGCAGCAGCAACAGCACCUGCACCAUCCAGACUUGGAGCACCCAUCAGCAGUGGCUUAAGUGACCUCUUUGACCUGACCAGCGGUGUGGGCACCCUUUCAGGAUCCUAUGUAGCUCCCAAAGCAGUCUGGCUCCCUGCCAUGAAGGCCAAGGGGCUGGAGAUCUCUGGCACCUUCACCAGGCAGGUUGGCUCCAUCUCCAUGGACCUGCAGCUGACGAACAAGGCCCUGCAGGUCAUGACAGAUUUCGCUAUCCAGUUCAAUCGUAACAGCUUUGGUUUGGCCCCUGCUGCACCACUCCAAGUGCACGCACCUCUCAGCCCCAACCAGACCGUGGAGAUCUCCCUGCCUCUUAACACAGUGGGCUCAGUCAUGAAGAUGGAGCCUCUAAACAAUCUUCAGGUGGCUGUGAAGAACAACAUUGAUGUCUUCUACUUCAGCACUUUGUACCCACUGCAUGUCCUCUUCGUGGAGGACGGGAAGAUGGACCGGCAGAUGUUCCUGGCCACGUGGAAGGACAUUCCCAAUGAGAACGAAGCCCAGUUCCAGAUUAGAGACUGCCCACUUAACACAGAGGCUGCAAGCAACAAGCUGCAAAGCAGUAACAUUUUCACUGUCGCCAAGAGGAACGUGGAGGGCCAGGACAUGCUCUACCAAUCUCUGAAGUUGACCAAUGGCCUCUGGGUGCUGGCAGAGCUGCGGAUCCAGCCAGGCAACCCCAGCUUCACGCUGUCCCUGAAGUGCUGAGCACCGGAGGUGUCCCAGCAUGUGUACCAGGCCUAUGAGACCAUCCUCAAGAACUGAAGUCCCUCUCGCAUCCACCCCAGCCUUCUCUGUCAGCCCAAUCAUGGAAGCCUGUGGGUGGCAGUACUUCCUCCUUUCUUUGAGGAAAGGCCAGGUGGACUCCUGAACCACCCAGGAGGCUCCCCUGAUCCUAACUGAGGGCCUGGAGCAGGGCCGUGUCUCCUCUAGAGUGAAAUCUCAGUGCAUCUCCA